AUGGACAAGACCACGGCCCCUCACCUCGUCCCCCCGGAAAUGUCCCAGUACGGGGAGAAGAAUCACCUGUUCGAGUUGAUGCAGACCAUGCUGGAGCAACUCCUGAUCCACCAACCCGAGGACCCCAUCCCCUUCAUGAUUGAGCACUUGCGUCGGAACAACGAUCAUGUGCCGAAGAUUGUAAUAUUAGGUCCACCUGCCUCGGGGAAAACAACUAUUGCAAUGUGGCUUUGCAAACAUCUAAACAGCAAUCUCCUCACCAUGGAAAACUUGGUAGCAAGAGGAUUUUCCCAGGUGACUGCCGAAGCCAGAAAGCACUAUCAGAGAGUCAAGACAGUCCCCAGCAGGCUGCUCAUCAAACUGAUCCAGGACCGGCUGGCUGAAGAGGACUGUGUCAAGCAGGGCUGGAUCAUGGAUAGCAUCCCUGAGACACGGGAGCAGGCUCUGCUGAUCCAGACCAUGGGGAUCACCCCCAGACACGUCAUCGUGCUGAAUGCUCCAGACACCGUCCUGAUUGAGAGAAACAUGGGGAAGAGAAUCGACCCUCAGACUGGAGAGAUUUAUCACACCACCUUUGACUGGCCCCCCAAAUCUGAAAUCCAGAACCGUCUGGUGAUGCCAGAGGGCAUCUCGGAACUGGAGACGGCUCGGAAGCUGCUGGAGUAUCACAGGAACAUUGUCAGGAUCCUCCCCUCCUACCCCCAAAUCCUGAAGAUCAUCAGUGCCGACCAGCCCUGUGUGGACGUCUUCUACCAGGCUCUGACCUAUGUCCAAACCAGCCAUCGAUCUAAUGCCCCCUUCACCCCGAGGGUGUUGCUGUUUGGGCCCGUGGGCAGCGGGAAAAGCCUGCAGGCCGCCCUCCUGGCCCAGAAAUACGGCCUUGUCAACGUCUGCUGUGGGCAACUGCUAAAAGAGGCUGUGGCGGGCAAGACAAACGUUGGCGAGGUCAUCCAGCCCUUUUUUGAAAAGCAGAUAGCAGUCCCUGACAGCCUCAUCUUGAAGGUGCUGAUGGAGCGCAUGGACCAGCAAGACUGCGUUCAGAAAGGCUGGGUGCUGCACGACUUCCCGCGAGACCUGGACCAGGCGCACAUGCUGGAAAACGUGGGCUACCACCCCAACAGGGUGUUUUUCCUGAAUGUGCCAUUUGAUUCUAUCAUUGAGCGGCUGACUCUGAGGAGAACUGAUCCCGUCACGGGAGAAAGGUACCACCUCAUGUACAAGCCACCUCCGACCAUAGAGAUCCAGGCUCGCCUCUUGCAGAACCCAAAGGAUGCUGAAGAGCAGGUCAAGCUCAAAGUGGAUCUGUUCUACAGGAAUUCAGCUGAGCUGGAGGAAUUCUAUGAGUCGGCUGUCGCCAUCAAUGGGGACCAGGACCCGUAUACGGUCUUUGAAUACAUAGAGAGUGGGAUCAUUAAUCCCCUGCCCAAGAAUGUCCCCUGA